ACGGGCAGCUGCGAGACCAGGAGGAGCGUGCGGGGGCCCGCGGGCCGGGCCGGGCCGCUCUGGGGCGUCCGGGGUGCCGCCAUGGAGGACCAGAGGGAAGCUUUGCAGAAGAUCAUCACCACGCUGGCUGUGAAGAAUGAAGAAAUCCAGAAUUUCAUUUACUCUCUCAAGCAGAUGCUACUGAAUGUGGAGGCGAAUUCCGUCAAGGUGCAGGAGGACCUGGAGGCGGAGUUCCAGUCCCUCUUUGUCCCCCUGGAGGAACUGAAGGAGGGCAUGCUGAUGAAAAUCAAGCAGGACCGAGCCAGCCGGACCUAUGAGCUGCAGAACCAGCUGGCUGCCUGCACCCGGGCCCUGGAGAGCUCUGAGGAACUUUUGGAAACGGCCAACCAGACGCUGCAGGCUGCUGACAGGGAGGACUUCCCCCAGGCUGCCAAGCAAAUCAAAGACGGUGUGACCAUGGCUCCUGCCUUCCGGCUGUCCCUGAAAGCCAAGGUCAGUGAUAAUAUGAGUCACCUCAUGGUGGACUUUGCGCAGGAGCGGCGCAUGCUGCAGGCGCUCAAGUUCCUUCCCGUGCCCAGCGCCCCCGUGAUCGACCUGGCUGAGUCCCUCGUGGCGGACAACUGUGUGACGCUGGCGUGGCGCAUGCCGGACGAAGACAGCAAGAUUGACCACUACGUGUUGGAGUACCGGCGGACCAACUUCGAGGGCCCACCCCGCCUCAAGGAGGACCAGCCCUGGAUGGUCGUCGAGGGCAUCCGGCAGACAGAGUACACCCUGACAGGUCUCAAGUUCGACAUGAAGUACCUGAACUUCCGAGUGAAGGCCUGCAACAAGGCUGUCUCGGGCGAGUUCUCAGAGCCGGUAACCCUAGAGACACCAGCGUUCAUGUUCCGCCUGGAUGCGUCCACAUCCCACCAGAACCUGCGGGUGGAUGACCUCUCCGUGGAGUGGGACGCCAUGGGCGGGAAGGUGCAGGAUAUCAAGGCUCGAGAGAAAGACAGCAAGGGACGGACAGCGUCUCCGGUCAAUUCUCCAGCCAGAGGCACUCCAUCCCCCAAGAGGAUGCCCUCAGGUCGUGGGGGCCGGGACCGCUUCACAGCCGAGUCCUACACUGUACUGGGGGACACGUUAAUUGACAGCGGUGAGCAUUACUGGGAGGUGCGCUAUGAACCAGACAGCAAGGCCUUUGGCGUGGGCGUGGCUUACCGCAGCCUGGGCCGCUUCGAACAGCUGGGCAAGACAGCUGCGUCCUGGUGCCUGCAUGUCAACAACUGGCUGCAGGUGACCUUCACGGCCAAGCACGCCAACAAAGCCAAGACGCUGGACGCCCCCGUGCCCGACUGCCUGGGUGUGCACUGCGACUUUCACCAAGGCCUCCUGUCCUUUUACAACGCCCGGACCAAACAGCUGCUUCACACCUUUAAGGCCAAGUUCACGCAGCCUGUGCUACCUGCAUUUACGGUGUGGUGUGGCAGCUUCCAGGUGAUGUCCGGCCUGCAGGUGCCCAGCUCUGUGCGCUGCCUGCAGAAGCGGGACAGUGCUACCAGCAGCUCCAACACCAGCCUCACCUAGACCCCGGCCCCGCCCCUGCCGCGGUGGCCUUCCUCACACUUGCUGCUUGGAGCCUUAACUCCUGAUUUGGGGGCCCCACCAGGGAGCAGGCACCCCCACCCUGUCUCCCAAUAAAGGUCAAACACUG